AUGCCGGAACGUCUCUUCGUCAGCUUUGAACAUUGUCACACCAAGAAAGAUCCAUCUUCGACCCGAGCUGUGCGAUCAUGGGUCACGAAGGUUCAGCACGCUCGACAGCCUAGGCGUCAAGUGGACAGAGCAUCGCCGACGACCAAGGAGGAGGAGCAAGAGCAUGCGAAUCAGCCUCUGCGGAACCUACCCACUCACGAUUUUGGUGAUCUAAUAGUCACAUCCGCAGAAUCUGCCAAGGUCGUAACAUGGUCAUGGGAGCCUGUUGACCCGACAUCGGGGCCUUCUCCAACGACAAGACGCAGGAUCCAAGCACAUGUGGCACACAGGCAGCACGAGAAACGUCGCCAGUCAGAGCGUGGGAAGAGUAUGCCGCUGAAAUCGACGAGCUCUACAAGUAGUACCUUUACCUCACCCCUGCCAACUCCGUUGCUUGAGAGGACCUUCUCAGCGUCGCCGCCUUUUUAUAUACAGGAUCCGGCUGAUCCACUUGGUGUUUAUGCCCGUCGGCUUAACACCAGUGUGCCGGUCAUCUGGUCGCACUAUCUAUGGCGGGAACGCGAGCACGGUCGUGCUUUUGGUGAGCAUUAUCCGCAAUUUCAAGGUUGGGGGCCAAAGUAUCUGCAUCCUUUCAUCACCAACAAUCGCGCAUUCCUUGCCACCACAGUCCUCUUUACGGGUGCCCAUCUGCGCUUUCUGCAGGGGCACGAUACCAUGAGCAUCCCAAUCCUCCAACUACGAUCCCUCGCCCACGAUUACGUACAGGCGGCAAUCGAUAGUGAGUCGGAGCGCCUGGCAGACUCUAAUAUGUUGGCAAUAGUAAAGCUCGCUCUCCUCGAAGCGAUUUUCGGGAUCAAAGAGGCGUACAAGGUUCACAUGCGAGCUGUGGCGAGGAUGGUACAGCUCCGUAUGGGUCUUCUGAACUUAGGCAUGGAAGGCUAUACAGCUCGACUCUUGGUAUGGUUCGAUGCGAAUCUCAGUGCUACCGCAGGCUCACCAAGGUACCUGGCUGAGGAAGCGUCCCGGACGACAGCGUCGACAGAUCUCAGAAGAAACGAGGAAACAUUUCGGCUUGGCGUGCACGAGCGGAUGGGUCACAACGACGAUGUUUGA